AUGGCCAUCGUCAAGCAUGCAGCAAGGAGAGCGAGUGCGCUCUGCUCGCUCCUCGCGCUCGCAGCGCUCGCGCUCUUCUGCACACUCACCUCGGCGCUUCUGUCGGCCACGGGCAACCGUGUGCUCGUCGUGGUCGAGCCCAGCUCCAAGCCUUUGUACUCGACAUUCUUCGAAGGCCUCACCUCGCGCGGAUAUCAAGUAGGCUUCAAGGCGCCGCGCGAUGCCAAGCCGCAGCUCGUAGAGCACGAUGUGUUGUCGUUCGACCAUCUCGUGCUGCUCUCGCCGGCAGCCAAGUCGCUCGCGGCCGACCUGUCGCCACAGCAGCUGGUCGAGUACCUCAAGAGCGGCGGAAACAUGCUCGUCGCUCUCGACUCGAGCACCAGCGAGAUGCAUCGUGACCUUGCGCGCGAGUUCUCGCUCGAGUUCGACGAGCGCGCAACGGCGCUCGUCGACCACUUCCGCGCAAGUCCGCAGCUGGAUGCGGGCAACCACACCACCGUCUUGGUUGGAGGCAAGUCGUCCACGGCCUGUCUGUCUGCGGGUGGACCUGUGCCCAAUACGAAUGUGUUUGCCGAGGAGACGCUGCUGGCUGCACAGACCAAGCCGCUGCUGUACCGCGGCAUCGUGCACCGCGUGGGCGCCAACCCGCUCGCAUUCCCGCUGGUCGUGCCGCCCGCGACGAGCUACUCGUCCGAAGCACCUGCGCUCGUCAAGGAGCAGGACGCAGUGGUGGAGUCGACGUCCUACUCCACGCCUGCACCCGUCACGGUGACGACGACGCGCAUCAUCGACGGCGAGACCGUCAGCUCCGAGGUGGUGUCCACGCCGCGUGCGGUGCCGACGGUGGUCAAGUCCAAGUCCGCCUCGAAGCUCGGCAAGAACGGCUGGGUGGCCAACCGCGCAGGUGUCGAGGCGCUCGAGACCAAGCGCGAGCUGGUGGCCGGUGUGUCGACGGGCGCUGGGUCGAUCGUUUCGCUCGUGUCUGGAUUCCAGCUGGCGUCCAACAGCGCACGCGCCGUGUUUGUGGGGUCGACCGAUCUUCUUUCGGACGCCUUUGCGGGGGGCGAGACGGUGAACCGCGAGGUGGUGCGUGAUCUGACAGCGUGGACGUUCCAGGAGCGAGGAGUGCUCAAGGUGGUGGGCACGCACCACCACCGCGUGCGCUCGGACGCCAGCGACGUUCGCGAGGACUACGAAGAGACUGCAGCGGGUAACUCGAUGUACCGCAUCAAGGACCAUGUCUACUACAGCCUCGACUUGGUGCAGCACGUCCCUGACCGCGGUUGGGUUCCGGCAGACAAGACGCUCGACAUCCAGGUGGCAUUCCGUAUGCUGGAUCCGUACAUCACUGCGCACCUUGCCGCUGAGGAUGCGGCCAACUACACGCAUCCCGUCGAGGGCGACACGAGCGGUGCAUUUACGAGGUUCGCUACGACCUUCCAGGUUCCUGACCGUCACGGCGUGUUUACGCUGCACGUCAACUUCAAGCGUGCCGGACUGUCGUUUGUCGAGACCAAGGAUACGGCGCCCGUAAGGCCGUUUAACCACGACGAGUAUCCGCGCUUCCUCAGCUCGAGCUGGCCCUACAUCACGGGCGCGCUCAGCACCUCGCUCAGCUUUGUCGUCUUCACCGCUCUGUGGUUGACGCUGCGCCAGGAGCCACCGGCGCACAAGAAGACCAAGUGA